AUGUUUCGUUUUCGAUUGCGUCUUCAUCCAUCCUAUUUCGCUCUUGCAUCUUCAUUCUUGUUCAAUCGUUCAACCAAAUCUGCACCUAUCGAAAUUCCACCGCCUGAUCUCCCUCGAACACCUUACCAGCAUCUGAACUGCACCGGUUUCGAAUGUAUUCGCGAAUCGUCAAUGAUUGCUCUCACAUCCUCAUCGAAUCUGCUCAAACAAACCCUAUAUUACUAUUCAGAACUAACCCAACGGUACUGCUUGCACAUAACGACGAUGAUCGGCAUUUUACACGAGUACAAGAAACAUGAAGGUUCGGGUCAUGUUCAACAGGAAAUCUGGGAUGUUUUUGUUCAACAGCGCUCAACUUUAAACGAUAUGAAAAAGGAGCUGUUACGUCUACGUUUACUUUUAACAACUAUUGAUCGAAUGGUCAACGAAUCAAUUGAUGCUUGUUAUCAAACCCAGGACGAAACUGUUACACAGUUAAUUUCGAAUGAGUUAGUUCACUCGAAGCGUAUCAUUGAACAGAAGGAAGAAGAAAUCGUUCGCAAUGAACGAGAACUAACUGAGGAACAAGUGAAAGUGAUCGAGAGUCCAAUUGAUGAAAAUGCUUUGAAAAAUUUGUCAAACUGA